GUGGUUAAAGCCUCCGCCCGCGCCCAAGGCAGCUCCAGCUGUCUUGCCCGCCUUUCUCUCCGCGGUCAUGCCCCGGUCUCCGUUCUUGCCGCCGCCGGCGCUGCUGCUGCUGCUGUUGCUUCUCGAAGUCCCCGGAGCUGCGAAGGCCUCCCCAUUGCAAGCGUUCUCCGCGGGGACGGCCACCUGCAAGGCCCACGAUCUGUGCCUUCAGGGGCCGCGUCCUGAGCCCCAGGCACCACUGGUCAAUGUCAGCCUGUACUAUGAGUCUCUGUGUGGAGCAUGUCGCAGCUUCCUAGUCCGAGACCUGUUCCCUACCUGGCUGAUGGUGCUUGAAAUCCUCAACGUCACCCUGGUGCCCUACGGAAAUGCACAGGAAAGAAACGUGAGCGGCACAUGGGAAUUCACAUGCCAGCAUGGGGAGCUGGAGUGUAGACUGAACAUGGUGGAGGCCUGCAUCCUGGACAGGCUGGGAAGAGAUUCGGCUCUCCUGACCAUCGUAUGCCUGGAGGAGUUGGAAGACAUGGAGAAAAACCUCAGACCGUGCCUGGAGCUAUAUGCCCCAGAUGUGUCGCCAGACAGCAUCAUGGAGUGUGCCACGGGGGAGCGGGGCAUACAGCUUAUGCACAUCAACGCCCAGCUCACGGAUGCCCUGCAGCCGCCACAUGAGUAUGUGCCCUGGGUCCUUGUCAAUGAGAAACCUCUGGAGGAUCCCAGCCAGCUCCUGAGCCUAGUCUGCCAGUUAUAUCAGGGCAGAGAGAAGCCCGACAUCUGCUCCUCUAUGGCUGACCCCCCCAGGGAGGUGUGCUAUAAGUGAAGGUCGGUGCUUAUGACUGAAGAUCAUUGUCCCAGGACGAGCAAGAGUCCAGCUGCACCACUUUAUCCAAUCCCUAACCCUCACGAGAUUCUGUCUAUCAACUGAGAAAUUUCUACACAUUUUAUAAAACCCAGACUCACAAUCCCACCUCAAAAUCAAGAAUCUUCCCUUUUUGCUAAUGGUGCUAAAUUUAAAUUCAUUAAAUAAAUGGUUUUGAUUGCUAUGA